ACUACAACAUCAAGCAUGGCCACAGCUGCCUCGAAUCCCUACAGCAUUAUCAGUUCGAUGGUUCAGGCAGACUCUUCGGUCAUGCAACAAGGGAAUCCUUUUAGGAAUCACCAGAAACUUCUACAAAGCGACUACCUCCAAGGAAUUCAGUGCAGUGGACAUCCAAUUAGCCAUCAGUGGGUAAGCAGUUUAUCUGAGGGACAUCCGUGGUCAGCAUCUCUGUCUGGCAGCCCUUUAGAGCAGCAGGACGUGAAACCGGGACGAGAGGAUCUCCAACUUGGGGCAAUCAUUCAUCACAGAUCUUCUCAUGUCGCCCAUCACUCACCCCAUUCAAAUCAUCCAGGUGCGUGGGGGACAUCCGUGUCUCACAACUCAUCUGUAAACACCGGGGGACAAGCAAUUAACAUUUAUCCGCAGGCCGGUUUCACGGUCAAUGGCAUGUUGGACCACGGAGGUCUCACGCCUCCCUCGAACUCUUUGGAAAACCAGGGCUUGCAUCUAGGAAUAAGAGACAACCCAGAUCACGCCGAUAUCGGGGGACACCACUGUCAUGACCACUCCGAUGAGGAAACACCAACCUCGGAUGAAUUGGAACAGUUCGCCAAACAGUUCAAACAAAGGCGGAUCAAGCUUGGCUUUACGCAGGCAGAUGUUGGUCUCGCUUUGGGCACUUUAUAUGGCAAUGUCUUUUCACAGACGACCAUCUGUAGGUUCGAAGCCUUGCAGCUUAGUUUUAAGAACAUGUGCAAGCUGAGACCUUUAUUGAACAAGUGGUUAGAAGAGGCUGACUCGUCCACUGGGAAUCUCAGCAGCAUUGACAAAAUUGCGGCGCAGGGAAGGAAAAGAAAGAAAAGGACGUCCAUAGAGGUGAGCGUGAAAGGGGUACUGGAGUCGCACUUUCUUAAAUGUCCCAAGCCCGCAGCACAGGAAAUCUCCUCUUUGGCUGACAGUCUGCAGUUGGAGAAAGAAGUGGUUCGUGUCUGGUUUUGCAACCGACGACAAAAGGAGAAAAGGAUGACUCCUUCGGGGGAUCCGCAGACUCACGAGAUAUAUCCCCGCAAAAUCAAUGCGGACAGUGCAGCGUGCCGUGAUCUCUGACUAAAGAGCGGGGAUUUAUGCCCAUCAAGACUGACGACGACAAGCAUGGGGCGGAUUGUCUUUUAUUUGUUUCCUUUGUAAUUUCUGGUGGUGCGAUGAUGACAAUGAUCAAAGGCAACUAUUAAAAAAAACUUACCGUUUUCUCACGUCGGGGCAACGUAUCCACACAGACUGAUGUUUAAUCUGUUUUAUAAAAGAAAAAAUUUAUUACCAAAUUAAAAUAUUGAUUCAAAACUUGAUUUUAUAAAGAGGGAUCUUGACUGAAACAAUUUACACGAAAUUGCCCGAUGGCACAGGAGAGUGUUGAAUAUCGGGACACACACACACACACACACACACACACACACACACACACACUUACUCAUUUAAAUAUGAAGUUCUAUUUCUUCGUAGCGACGAAUAAAGCCAAAUUAAAUAUUUGGGGGAUACACGUCCUCCCUGGUUCCUGCACCCCGACUGUGCCUAUUAAUAACUUCCCAGCGCCUAAAUAUUAGGCGAAGGUGUUUCUAUUUAAUUACAGUAUUUUUGGUACUUCGGGUUUGGCUAGAUAAAUGGAUGGGGGGGGGGGUUACAGAUAGUAUUCCGUUUAGAACCAAAAAUUUCAAAUUUAAGUCUAUCGUAUUUAUUAUAGUUCAAAAACUUUCCUCGCUGCGACACUACAGUGAAGAUUUUACAGCAUUACGUGGUAAGUCACUUUAUGAAACGCCUUCUUCGUAGUCAGACACCUUUCAGCUGAUGUCCCAGGCGUAUCGUUACACUUAUUUAUAAGGCAUGUUUAUCAGAUUAACGCUGUAUGUUAUCAAUAUACGGGACAGAUGUAUAUUUCAGCAGUGCGUCCUCUAUAUGGGGCCUAGCAUAAACAAGCGAAGUAACACCAUCCAAACUAGGUUUCUGAAAUGAAAUAACAAAGCUUCGAAGGCGUAUUACUUGGCUAGAAAUUUCUUCUUAUCAAUAGUUACAUUUUGAAUAUAGUUCUGUCCUCGAGCACAAUACUUUCGUGUAUUUUUGGUACUAGAACAGAACCAUAAGAUAUUUUACAAUGUAACAGCAUUGGGGUGCAUCUCAUUAUUCUGCCUGAAGUUUAAAAGCCUCGUUUCUAGUAUUAUUGAUGAAUUUCUUUAAUAUUUUCCAAUUUGCUAUUGUACAGUUUUGUAUAGAACCUUAAAAAAUUUAUUUAAAAAUGCA